AUGGAUAUCUUUCGGUGCCUUUCUGCUGCCCCGACGGUGGCGGACAAACUGGACCAGCUGUGCAGCCGUGGGUAUGUGAUCACACAGCAAUUGCAUGCCCUCCACGACGGCGAGAAGUUCAAUGUAUGCUUGAAGGUGGUGCAAAUGGAUACCACCCACCAUGGGCUUGCAGCGGUGGUGAAUCUGAAACUCCCGAACACUUUUGCAGAAGGGCCGCUCUACCGUGGGCCGCAACUUACAAACGAGGAGAUCCAGAUCGACAGUUCUGCUGUGAAGUUUCGCCUGCUACCUCAGCAAGUGUACAUGGUGGUUGGAGCCAAGAUGCAGACUAUGGACGACACCACCUACCUCAAGCUCCCUGCGUUUACAGAAGCUUCAGCCUGUAUCCUGCUGCCUACUCGUGAAGACGCGGUGGUUGGGAUUGCUGAGCUUUUCUGUGGAGGGAUCAAUGCAUGGUCAAGAGCUGCUCGCCAACUGCCAGCUUACCCGGUGCUCCGAGUGGAUCAUUGUGGCUUGGCUAUUGCCACAACUCUUAUGAACUUCCCCAACGAGGUGCUCUUCAAGGAAGGAGUGGACCAGAACAACUUCAGUGUCUUCUGGGGUGAGGUGCUGGACCUUCGCUGGACGGAAGCCCUUCACAACUCCAACAUUGAGAUCCUCUGCGCUUCCCCUCCUAGCCACACGUGGAAUGGAAAGGGUCAGAAAGAAGGCUUCCAGGACUCCCUCAACACUGGAGGUUGGUGGCAACUGGCGAUGGUUGCCAGGAUGACUCAGCGCAGAGUGAUCUUGGUGGAAACUUCGUUGGCCUUCUCGAACCACCAGGAUGCCAAGACCUUUGAUGACAUGAUGAAGUGGGCUGGCUACCAACCUGUCUGGAAGGGCAAGCUGGACUCGGAGUCCCUCACGGCAAUGGACAAGCCCAAGGUUUUCAUGGUCUACUGGAAUUCUGCAGACCAGCCAAGUGCCUCCACACCUUUCCGGAUGCUAAAGACGGGACCGAGGGCACCGGUGCCGUGUGAGGAGACCUUGUGGAGAAAGAUGAAGCCUGAGCUCCUGCAGAAGCUGGUGGUCAAGAAAGAGUACAUGGCCAAGGUCACUUCGAGGGAGCUUUUGCCUCCUUACCAGAAGCACCUGACAGGGGCCCCGGUCCAUAUUCGCCUGGUCAACCAGUUUGCACCAAUGCCUGCAGUGCCAGCCAACUACCCGGACCUGCUGGAUGUGCCAUGGCCAAUCUUGAUGAAGAGAGGGAUGAACCUCCCCUUGAUGGAGCAGGAUGGCCAACUCCGGCUCCUUAGCAAGUGGGAAGUGGCUAAAGCAGCUGGGCUCCCGGGCGACCUCAUCUUGCCGGACAAGGAGAACGAUGCCAUGCUCCUUUUGGCCCAGGCGCUCGUGCCCUCUCUGGCUCUCAAGGUCUUGGGCACGGCGAUCGCGCACCGCCAAGAAAUGGUGAUGUCUGAGGAUUCCUUACUCAGAUAUUUCGAGACGGGGUGCAAAACGAUGAGGGCCGGAUGGAGCAAGUUCCAGCUCCUCAAGCCUUUUUCCUAUGAGACAUGGGAGACCGUGCUUCUUGAUGGUGCGACAGCUGAAGAAGGUCCAGAUGGAAGCCUGAGAACCAAGAUCACGGGGCUGAGGCUCCAGCUCAGGGCAAUGCUUCCGGCGGAUGGAGCUCGGCCUCCCCCCUUCCUGCCUGAGUCCUGCCGCCCAGCCUAUGAGGAGCUGAUUGAAGAAGGGGAGGUGUUUUACGAGCACAGGAUCUACCAGGUACAAAAUGGAUAUGUUGGCAUGAACAUCGACGAGGAGGCUUCCACUGCCAAAGUCCACAAGCAGAUUGCAGAGUUCCUUGGUGUUCCUCCCAACCUCUUGGCGGUCGCGAAGGUCAACUACAAAGUGCAAGAGAUGAGACACUGGAUUGUGGCUGGUGAGAUCAAUUCGCAACUUAUUGACCAAGCUAUUGUCCUGGUGGAUACAGGCAUCCCCCAGGCCCAAUGGUUGCCAACUGAAACUGCAAGAGAUGACCUGGUGCGAACCUACCAAGACUGCCACGCCUCCUACCCGGACUCAGUCGAGCUCAAUGGAUGCCAGGAUUGGAAGGACCUCGACGUCUUCGACCACAUGAACGCCAACGAGGAUGACAUUCCGCCACCUCCUCCUACACCACCAGCUGAGGAUCCAGAAAGCAGCGAAGGUGGCCCAGCCAACGACCCAGAAGGUUCCGAUACGGAACCCAUGCCGGAUACACCACCGAAUCCUCCUCAUGAUCCGGCCCCGGAUGCUGAUGAACAGCCAGCGAGAGGUAUGCCCUUCCAGGACGCUAUGUCACCCCCGGUCCUGAAAAGGCCGAGGACAGACCUUGCGAUGAAGCUGGGGACUGAUGAAGCGAUUGCCCCCACCAUGCUCUACUACUCUGCUUCCCUGCCUGCAACUGUGGCCUCGGCUUUCUACAUCAAGUUCCAGGGGCAGGCUGUGGCUAUUUCCAAUGCAGACCAAAGGACCCUCCAGCAAGUGGUGCAGGAUGAAUGGGGAGUUCAACAAGACAUGAUCUACUUCGUGAUGCAGGGCAAGAUUGUUGGUAAUGCAACAGUUUGCGACCGAAUCCCCGUAACAGCCACCGUCGAGGUUCGAGGAAGACUACGUGGUGGCACAGCAGCGGCCAUCAAGAAGCUUCGAGGACUCCUACAAGCGAAAGGAGUACCAGCGGAGGCCCUGGAUGCAAGAGUGGAGGAAGUGAGAGCCCACUUGGGGGACCGGGGCAUCAAAGAAGCUUAUGAGUCGUUCGACCCGUGGACGAAAAUCAAAGCUGGCUGCAACUUCCGAUUGGUCAAGGAAGCAGAGAGCAAAGCUAAACCUCGCCAGAAGGAGGUACAAAAAGAUGAUGCCGACCCCAUGCAAGCAAGUGAUCCCUGGGCCGCCGCGAUCAGAGAAAGACGCUCAUGGAAGAUCGAGCCCUCCUUCUUUCGACUACAAGAUGGAGGAGUUCCACCCCUUUUGGAGAAGGCAACCCAUGGAUCCACUGGCAUCGUCCUGGUCUCCGAAAAAGAAGCUGAAAUCUUGGCCCAGCAGCAAGAUACCAUGUCCCCCAACGAGCUGGCCGUGAUCGUCAUUGCCUCCAACCUCAAGACCUCUGGAAGAUUCAAGCUCAAAGACUUGGAAGUCCCUUGCCGGAACGGUGAUGACAACAGAGUCCUGGUUCGGGCACAACUGCUGAAUCUGGGAGACAAGGAAAUUUCUGUUGCUGGGGAAGACGCCAAGGUUACGAUCGAGGAGCUGGAUGGUGCUGUUUUGUCCUGUGAGAUCAUUCGCAAAGAAGCAGAGAACUGGGAUGAACUGGUGGAUGGUGUCGUCAAGUUCCUCAAGAAGCGUCUGGAAUCACUGGACAAUGCCCUUUUCUCUACAUGGGGAAGAAGAUUCUUCGCCAAAGGGAAGCCUGCCCAGGACCCCCGGUCUGCUGAGUCAUGCUUCGUGAUGCUCCGAAUCAAGCGGGAGUUUCGAGAUGCCAUCCUCAAGGUGACCCACCCUGGCAUCUAUUUGGCUCCUCGUACAGAGAUCGGCGCCCCUGACCACACGUUCAAAGUCGUCUGGUUUCCUGACAAGACUGUGGAGGAACUGGGCAUCCUUGCCAACUCUGAGCCGAAGGCCUUUGGUUUGGUCCGGAACAAGACGGGCGCUGGAAUCCGGGUCAAAGCUGACGACUACAUGCGGCUGAAACAGAGAUGGCAACCAGCUUGGAAACCACAAGAUGGGACACCCUAUGGUCUCAACGUCAAGGCUUACUACGAGAUCCAGAACCUGCCGGUGUCGUGCUCCAAGAAUGAGGUCCAAAAGUUCUUGAACACUGUCAAGUGGUCGGCCCUGGCCAUUCGCCAGAUCAAGCCCCGGGUGUGGCUGGUAGGUGCGGAACUUCCCCCACAAGCAACCAUCCACAUUGCUGAGCACGGGACCAUCCUCAUCACGGAGAGACAGGCCAAAGCCCAAGGUAAAGGCAAGCAGCCAGCCAGGACUAUCAGAGACAUGCCUUGGCUGCUGGCUGGUUCAUCCAUGCCACCUGCAAGUGGCAAAGGAAGUGCACCUAUGGACCUGGAUAUGGCACAGGCCUCCGACCUUGAGGAUAAGCUGCAGAAAAGGAUUGAACAACUACAGCGUGAACAACUAUCUGCACAGGCUAUGCUCAAGGAAGACAUUGGCAACCUCAAGGACUCCCUGGUGGCACACAAGGAGCAACAACAGUGCAUCAACAAUGAGCUCAAGCAUGGCAUUGGGCAGCUGAAGAUCGAGAACCAGGCCUUCUCACAGCAGCUCACCCAGCAGCUGGCACAGAUUUCAGCGGCUAUCCAAGGACAGAAAGCAGACUUCUCUGCUGAGCUCAAGGCCUCACAAGGGAACCUCAAAGAGGAGCUUCUUCAGCAGGUCAGCGGAGCCAAGCGAAUAAUUCAUCUGGCAGAUGAGCUGGAUGGACAUGAGCUGCAGAACAACAACUACCGCUUCUGUGGCAAAUGCAUGAGACAGCAGAGUUACGUGGAUGAUGGCUCCCGAGCCAGAAAAAGUGACUGCAGCUGCUAUCUUCUUUCUAAUUUGGGCCGGGCUAAUUCAUUUUCUCCUGAUCGGCGCAUUUUGUGCCAGUGGAUGUGGUAUCAUGGAACCAGAGUGGGAGAGGCCAAAAACCCUGGCCCCCCUGGACAAAUGCGAGUUACUGGGCUGAAUGUGCAAUCGCUUAAUGCCUUCUUGGACGAUAAAAGGAUCCUUUCGGGCAACACUGACCUCUUGGUGUGCUCGGAAACUUGUGCGACCAAAUUCGUGGAGCAGAAGGCCACCAAGCUGUUGCAUUCUGCAGGAAGGCAUGUGGCCUUUGGACAAGCAGUGGAUAAGAGAUCUUUCGUGGAUGGGAGGAUUUGCCAAACCAAGGGCAAAGCCCAGGGGGUUGCAGUCUGUUCGGUCUGCCCCCUACGACCCUGCCAUCAGCCUUGGUCCAUGGAAGCCUGGCAAACGAGCCGGGUGAUGGAUACCUAUGUAUUGGUCCAGGACCAACAAGUCAGGGUCUUUGCUGUCUACGGCUACCACCAAGGCUACACUGAUUUCCAGAUCAAAAAUGAAACACUGCUGCGGGAGGCUUUGUGCAGAGCCUCCACCGUGGACAUUCCUACAUUGAUUAUUGGAGACAUCAACUGUGACCUUCAAGCCCUGGCAGUAUGGUCGGACAUGCAAACAAAUGGGUGGCAAGAUGCUGCAUUGCUACAGUCGGUACAUGAUGGAAGGCCCGUGGAGCCUACCUUCAAAGAUUCGCGGCUGGACUACAUCCUCUUCAACAACAAGGCGGCCCCUGCUUUUCGUGGCUUCUUCACCUCCGACUUGCCUGAGACAGACCACCGAUCGGUCAAUGCCACCUUUGACUGGACAGCGUUGCCUCACUUGAAACGAGCACUCCGAAUGCCAAUGGACAUGGCCAAGUUGGACCUACCUUCGGAGGUCUGGCUACAUGCUGAGGUUCCUGUCAGAUCGUUGGAUAUUCUGGAAAAGGCGAUACAGACUGCUGACGCCACGGAAGCUUGGAACAGGUUCUGCCAAACUUUCGAAGAGACCCUGGAGGCCGCCUACCACAUCUACACGGGCAACUGUAUGCCAAGCAAAUUCAAGGGCCGUGGAACUGCAAAGUUUACACACCAACCGGCGCAACAUGUGAUGGUCAAACCUGCGAGACAUGGCGAGUUUUCACCGUCAGGAGAUGAAUCCACCAUUCUCCUCAGACAACGGAUUCGCCAAAUCCGACGCCUACAGACUUAUCUGGCUCAGUGCUUGCGUUAUGAAAGAGGUGGUCUAUCGCUGGAAGCUGCCUCUCUCUUACAGACUGCAAUGGCUGCAACCUGGAGAGCGAUAUGCAGCUCCACUGGCUUCCCGCCUUCGUUCAGAUCAUGGUGGCUGCAAGAGGUUCACGAAGAGUUCCCCUUGCACAUGCCAAGGGCUGCCUAUGCUGACCACAUGCUUCAACUUCUCAAGGAGCUGGAACCUACUUGGAGAUCUGUCUGCCAAAGACACAGAGAGGCUAGAUUGUCUAGUGUGUUUGCUGAGAACUGGAAGUCAGGUGGCAGCAUGUACUACCAGGCGAUCAAGCCGCCCAGUCGACCGAAAGUCGACUCUCUGGACAUCCCUUCUCACCACAGGAUACAGAUUGCAAGGUCCCGGCAAAAAGGAUCGAUGAAGUGCCAUAUGCUGGAUGAUGACUUACAAUGUGUUGUGACUGGUGCAGUUUGGAAACAAGGCAAGUCGUCGGCAAAGGUUGUCAAGAUUGAUGGUGGUGUUGUGCACAUUCGCAAGCUUCAAGGCAACUUUACCUCUGGGGAUGUCACCCAAUUUCUACCCUCUGCGAAUCCACGCGCGAUACUGAAACAAGCGGGCGACUUUUGGACACAGUUCUGGAGCAACAGAAGGGACAAAGGACCUGAGGACCCCAUCAUUACACAAGCUGUUGGAUGCCUCCCUCAACUCCCGGAGAUACAGACCACGUUUUCUGAAUCUGAGCUACAAUGGGCACUUACAGCAUUGUCACCAAGAAAGGCUCGCGGUCCGGAUGGAUUCUCCAACUUCGAACUCAAAUACCUGCCUUUACAAUUGAGACCGGCGCUACUGGCGUUGUUGAACAAGUUCACGGAGGAGGCAGAUUGGCCGGCUGAUGUUUGUAUGGCUCGCAUGGCUCUGCUUUACAAAACGGACCAAAUUGGAGAUGUUUCAACUACGCGUCCCAUUACUGUCUUGGCUUCUAUUCUUCGACUUUGGGCAAAACUGGUGACAAAAAGGAUGCUACAACAUGUCAAGGCCCAUCUGCCUGAGACCCUGUUUGGCUCGGUCCCUGGGAGAAGCACUGCUGAUAUGAUUGGGCUCAUCCAAACAAAACUGGAGUCUGCCCUUAUUGGUGGAACGAACUUAUAUGGCAUUUCACUUGACUUCUCCAAGGCCUACAAUACCCUGCCGAGAGAAAUCUUGGAAAAGAUUAACAAGAAACUGGGAAUGGAGAAAUUCUGGAGACCGUAUGGUGAUUACCUGCGAAAUCUCAGACGUUUCUUUACUUCUUCUGGCAAUUGGGGAGAGGCGAUUUAUUCCGAGGUGGGAGUACCUGAAGGAUGUCCCAUUGCCGUUGUUCAGAUGAUUCUGGUCACAUGGCUGUGCACUGCUUUUGUGGACAACCAGUCAGGGGCUUGCAUACAUUCUUAUGUGGACGACUGGGUGCUUCUUUUCCAAGACAUUCAACAAGCCCCUGGGGCUGUCGACUCCCUCCAGAAACUCUGUGAUUCUUUGGGUCUGAUCCUCUCUUUGCCAAAAUCACAUGUGUUUGCGACUUCAGUGGCCCUGGCGAGGAAUCUACAAGGGAAGCUGCAAUCACAAGGAUUUAUCCUGGGGCAAGCACGGAAUUUGGUGGGUCUGGGUGUCAACUUUCAGACGGCUACCCAACCCACUUCUCAAAUGAGGGAGGAACGGUGGCUGAAAGCAAAAGUCUUGUUGGACAGGUUGCAGUACAUGCCUUGGACACAGUACAGAAAAACACAGGUGAUCAACAGGGGAAUCUUCCCUUUGAUCUUCUAUGGCUGCAAUACCUGGAGAGCAGGCAAGGAUUUCUUGAGAGAGGUGAGAGCCAAGUGCAACCACUCGGUUUGGGGCAAGAAGCAAUACCACUUGCACUACCUGUCACCACUUUUCUCUGGGCAACAUUAUGAGCCUUCAUUGUACGUGGCAAGACACCGCUUCUCUGCACUUUUGAGACUUUUUGCUCGUCAUGAAGCAUUGGUACGACAGGUUUGGGACCAGUCUAUCCUUGCAAAGUCUUACUUCAAGGGCAAAUAG